AUGAUCCUUCUAUCCCCAUUUCAUAGCAAAAGUAGUCUCUCUGAUCCCACAACUACAACCCAAAUCCCCCCUUGCCCAAAGCAGUCUGCGGAUCAGUAUGUCCUUCCUCAGUAUUAUCACUGCUGAGCCAACAGUCCAACCGAUCACCAGAACGAAAUUGGUGGAGCAGUGGCCUAGCCAUGGACCAAAGCCUAUAAGGUGGUGGAACUGCAGGUUGCAUGCAAGCCAGACAACAAGAAAUCAGUCUUCCCUGAAAUUGUCCACAAUAUUUGGCCCAGCAGAAGCUUUCAACAUCAUUACUUGCAAAGCAUCUAGUGGUGAAUUUAUGACUGAAAAGGGAAGCUUACUUUCUUGGGAAAGCCCAUCAGCUCUUCACAUGGAGGAUAUCAUAUGCGGAAAGCACAGGAAUAGAUGCGAGGAGCUGUGCGGCUUACUCUUGAAAGUAGAAGACCCAUUAGAGUCCAUGGCCUUGAUCGAUGCACUGCAACGACUAUGCAUUGAUCACCAUUUUGAAGAGGAGAUCAGGACUGUGUUAAGUGUGUUGUAUACAAGGUUUGGUUCAGAUAUUUAUCAGAUGGGAACCGGCAGUCUGCAUGACGUCUCUCUUUGCUUCAGAUUAUUUAGACAAGCUGGGUACUGUGUGCCUACAGAUGUGUUUGAUAAGUUCAGGGACAACAGGGGUCGGUUUAAACCAGAACUAAAUGAAGACACAAGGGGAAUGCUGAGUUUAUUUGAAGCUUCACACCUGGGAAUACACGGUGAAGACAUACUGGAUGAAGCCAAUGAGCUUGCUUACAAACACCUUUCUGCUUCAAGGUUGAACCUCAGCCCACCUCUGGCGAGAGCCGUGGAAGAUACCCUAAAGCACCCCUUUAACAAAAGCUUGGCUAGUUUCAAGGUCAAAAGCUAUCUUAAGAAUUUCUCAAGCUCAUAUUGGUGGCACAAUUCCUUACAAGAACUGGCCAAAGUGGAAUUCAACCUUGUUCAAUCUCUGCACCGCCAAGAAGUCGCUCAGGUUUCUCAGUGGUGGAGAGAUCUGGGUUUGUCAGACGAGUUGAAGUUUGCCAGAAAUCAACCACUUAAAUGGUACAUGUGGUCCAUGGUGGUUCUCAGAGAUCCGAGAUUCUCAGAGCAAAGGAUUGACCUAACAAAACCCAUUGCACUUAUCUACAUAAUCGAUGAUAUUUUUGAUGUUUAUGGAACACUCGAUGAACUUGUCAUUUUCACAGAAGUAAUCAACAAAUGGGAACUAGUUGCUGCUGAACAGCUUCCCAAGUACAUGAGGAAGUGUUUUAAGGCACUUUAUGGCAUUACAAAUGAAAUAUGCACCAAGGUUUUUAAAGAAACUGGGUGGAACCCUAUCAACUCCCUGCAGAAGGCGUGGGCCAGUCUUUGCAAUGCAUUUCUUGUAGAGGCAAAAUGGUUUUCUUCCAGGCAGCUGCCAAACGAGACAGACUACUUGAAGAAUGGAAUCGUUAGCUCUGGAGUGCAUGUGGCGCUAAUUCACAUUUUCUUUCUAUUGGGCCAAGGCAUUACCAAAGAAAGUGUCGACUAUCUGGACGCUGCUCCGGCCAUUAUCUCUUCCUCAGCAUCCAUUCUUCGUCUCUGGGAUGACCUGGGAAGCGCUAAGGAUGAGAACCAAGAAGGAUACGAUGGAUCAUACAUAGAGUGCUACAUGAAGAAUCACCAAGGAAUUUCAAUUGAAGGCGCAAGAAAUCAUGUCCUUGGCAUGAUUUCAGACUCAUGGAAACAGCUUAACCAAGAAUGCCUCUCACCAAACCCCUUCUCACCAACAUUUAUAGAGGCAAUACAUAAUUUUGCAAAGAUGGUAUCUGUGAUGUAUGAUUAUGAUGACUAUCGACGCCUUCCGGUCCUUGAGGAAUAUAUUAACUCAUUGCUUUUUGAAAAUAUUCCUCUGCGAGGGUGAUACCAAUUCUGUUGUACUUCAGAAACCAAAUCGCAAGCUGCAACAACCUUAUACAUUUGCCUCAUUAAUUAAUCCAGCAUAUGCUACGUACGCUUAUUAGGGUUUUCUAAGUGUCAGAGGUUGUUCAACCUUGUAUACUUCGUUACGAUUUCCUUUUAUGGACUUCUUUUCCUCCAUCUUCCAUAAAGGCCGGAAUCACGUAAAUCUAUGUAUGUUCAAUUUUUCUUGUCUUUUUUUGUUUCUUAAUAUCUAUGUUUUGCCUUAUUUUCUUGUGUCAUUUAAAUAUAUGUUUCUGGGUUUUGUGUAACAAUGGGAUACGACAUAAUGGAUACAUAUAUAGAUUUUUGCUUGAUGUUAA